UGACCUACCUUACGUCAGAACUGGCGGCAGACCGAUCUAGGGUCAACGUAGGUUCUUUUUCACUUCUGCUAGUGACUAGUGUGAUUGAGAAGAGCCUGUUGGAAGAUUUUAUUUACAGGCAAUCAUGUUGAGGUCACGUAUCAUCGUCAGCGUACCAAAAUUUAUCAAACGCGACAUUAGUACCAAUAUUCCUGCCUUGCAGAAGGCCACUGAUCCCAUACAACAACUGUUUCUUGAUAAACUCCGGGAAUACAAGACCAAGAGUGUAGGUGGCAAGUUAGUUGAUGUCAGCCCAGAACUUUUGAAAGAGCGAGAAGCCAACUUGGAAAAACUUAAUACACAAUAUGGUGGCGGUAAAGGAGUAGACAUGGCACAAUUCCCACAAUUCAAAUUCACGGAUCCACCAGUGGAAACAGGUGCCGAGAAAAAGUGAAUGUAUGUCAAACAUCAUGCAUCAUAGAGCAUUCGCAUACUGAUGGCCGAAUAUAAAUUAAAUGUUAAAUAGCUCAUCAUAAAAAUAUACAUAUUCAGCCUUCAA